AUGUCUCAAAAACCAGUUGUCGGCCUCCUGGGAGGGGGCCAGCUGGGUCGCAUGCUCUGCGAGGCAGCAGGACCCCUUGGCUUCCCCAUUGCCAUACUUGACGAGGGAAAUAGUCCUGCUAAGCAGGCCCUCCACGGCCCGCAUGUUGAUGGCUCCUUCAAGGACCCUCAGAAAAUCCGCGAGCUCGCCAGGAAGUGCGACGUACUCACCGUCGAGAUUGAGCACGUCGACACUGAGGUUCUGGAGGAGAUUGCUACCAAGGGCGUCGAGGUGCAAGGGUCUAUGAAGAAGAUCCCGGUGCACCCCUCGUGGGAGACGAUCCGCCUGAUCCAGGACAAGUUCCUCCAGAAGGAGCACUACAGGAAACACAAGCUGCCGAUCGCGGAGCAGGUGGCCAUCGAGUCGGGAGACGCCAUGUUGUCAUCGCUUAAGGAGGCAGGACGCAAGUUUGGAUAUCCCCUGAUGCUCAAGGCACGAAAGGGAUCCUACGAUGGUCGAGGGAACUUUAAAAUCUCAAGCGAGGCAGACCUAGAGCAGGCCGUCAAGGAACUUGGCUCAUUGUCGCUGUACGCUGAGAAGUGGUGCAAAUUCGUCCAGGAGCUCGCCGUCAUGGUCGUCAGGACAGAGGACGACGAAGGAAACCUGAAAUCCCUGGCAGCAUACCCUGCCGUUGAGACCAUCCACGAGGACAGCAUCUGCACCAAGACCUUCAUGCCGCCUAGGAAUGUGUCGGACGAAAUCUGUGAGAAGGCUAGAGAAACAGCACGCCAAGUCAUCUCGACAAUCUCUGGGAGGGGUGUCUUUGCCGUCGAGAUGUUUUUGCUGGAGGACGGCUCCAUUUUGGUCAACGAGGUCGCGCCGAGGCCUCAUAAUUCCGGCCAUUACACCAUCGAGGCCGUCCCUUACUUUUCGCAGUACAAGGCCCAGCUGUACGCCCUUCUGGAUCUGCCCAUACCAAAACAGCUGAAGCCCCGGGUUGCUUCUGCCAUCAUGAUAAAUAUCCUUGGUGGCGCCAGGCCCGAGUCCCACAAUGACCUUGUAGAGACGGCGACACGUUCGUUCGAAGACGAAGUUGACGUCUACGUUCACCUUUACGGCAAGGCCAGCAAGCCCGGAAGAAAGAUUGGCCACAUCACCAUCACAUCAGAGCUUGGGAUCGCAGAGCUGCAGAAAAAAUCAGAGCAUCUGUUCGUUCUGGCUGAUGCGAUGCGGGCAGAGCGUCUCAAGGCGGAGUCUGCGCAAUUGAGGCCACAAGAAUCAGUUGUCAAGUCGGGCCCCGGUGCACCAGCUAAGACGGAUGCACUGGUGCUCGUCACCAUGGGGUCGGAUUCGGAUUUGCCUGUAAUGAAGGCAGGUCUUGACAUCCUGAAGCAGUUUGGGGUGCCGUACGAAGUGAGGAUCACGUCUGCGCACAGGACGCCGAACCUGAUGGGGGAUGUGGCUGCCGAGGCUGCAGGUCGCGGAAUCAAGGUAGCCAUUGCUGCGGCCGGCGGCGCUGCCCAUCUGCCUGGCAUGUUUGCAUCCCACUGUCCCAUCCCAGUCAUCGGUGUGCCCGUCAAGGCGACUCACCUGGAUGGACAAGACAGCCUUCUCAGCAUCGUGCAAAUGCCCAGGGGCGUCCCAGUGGCCACGGUUGGCAUCAACAACUCGACCAACGCGGCGCUUCUUGCCAUCCGCAUGCUCGGGUCCUUUAUUCCUAAGUACCAGGACCAGAUGAAGAGCUACCAGCAGGAAAUGGAGGAUGCCGUCCUGGCCAAGGAUGAAGAGCUACGUGGUAUCGGGUAUGAGUCUUACCUCGCCAAAAUGGGUAAGAAGGCGAAUACCGUGCAAGAUGGAAUCCCGAAACGGACGAUGGCUCCAUGCGGUUGUGACAAAGUCUCCAUUUUGAGGGGCAACGGGGCCACGAGAGGUCUGUGUUGCCCUCCCAAGAUUGUGAGAGGCAGGGGGCAAAAGAGAUGA